CGGAAGUGGGAGGUGUCCUCUGGAGUUUGUGUGGCCGCCGCCGCGGGAACGCGAGCCCGGUGAUUUUUCAAGGGAGAAAGACGAGGCUUUCGGGCUCGGCCCACAGUGAGCGAGCGUCGGGCGCCAGCAGUUCCCUGCAUACGUGACACCUGGCAUGGAGGAUGGGCAGAGCAGACAGCCUGGCGGAGAGGCCGUGGCUCCCGCGCGACUGCAGACGCCGCUCUCGGAGUGUGGGGAGGAGACGCAGCCUCAGAACCCCGAGAAAAAGCAACGAUGUAGAUUCGAUGGCCAAGAUACAAAAGGAUCCAAGUUCAUUACCUCCAGUACAAGUGAUUUCAGUGACCCAGUUUACAAAGAGAUUGCUAUCACGAAUGGUUGCAUUAAUAGGAUGAGUAAGGAGGAACUCAGAGCUAAACUUUCAGAGUUCAAACUGGAAACCAGGGGAGUAAAGGAUGUACUAAAGAAGAGGCUGAAAAACUAUUACAAGAAGCAGAAACUGAUGCUGAAAGAGGACAGUUGUACUGACAGUUACUAUGACUACAUUUGUAUCAUUGACUUUGAAGCCACUUGUGAAGAAGGGAACCCACCUGAAUUCAUCCAUGAAAUAAUUGAAUUUCCUGUUGUCUUGUUGAAUACUCAUACCUUAGAAAUAGAAGAUACAUUUCAGCAGUAUGUGAGACCAGAGAUUAACACACAACUUUCUGAUUUCUGCAUCAAUCUAACUGGGAUCACUCAGGAUCAGGUGGACAGAGCUGAUACCUUCCCUCAGGUACUGAAAAAAGUAAUUGACUGGAUGAAAUUAAAGGAGUUAGGAACAAAGUAUAAGUAUUCCAUAUUGACAGAUGGUUCAUGGGAUAUGAGUAAAUUCCUGAAUAUUCAAUGCCGGCUAAGUAGACUCAAAUAUCCUCCUUUUGCUAAAAAGUGGAUCAAUAUUCGAAAGUCAUAUGGAAACUUCUACAAGGUUCCUAGAAGCCAAACCAAACUGACAAUCAUGCUUGAGAAACUAGGCAUGGAUUAUGAUGGACGGCCUCACAGUGGUCUUGAUGACUCAAAGAACAUUGCACGAAUAGCAGUCAGAAUGCUUCAGGACGGAUGUGAACUCCGAAUUAAUGAGAAAAUGCAUGCGGGACAGUUAAUGAGUGUGUCCUCUUCAUUGCCACUAGAGGGCACUCCAGCUCCACAAAUGCCACAUUCUAGGAAAUAACAGCAUUUUUGCUCUUUUAUCCUUGGAUCAUUCACUCACUCUAACUGGAGUUGCUACAAAGAGGUAGCAGAUGAAUACUUAUUGAAUUAGCUCAAAAUUUAAGCACCUUAAAUAUUUGGAAUCUUAUACAGCUAUAGAUAUAUAUAUAUACAUAUAUGUAUAUGAACAGAUUUUGUGGGGAGGGCAUGUUGAAUUCUUUGCCACCAGCACUUUUUAUAUGAACAGUAUUGGUUACACAGUAAGAGUUCCUGCUUAGAACUGAAAUUUUUAAUUUAAGGUGUCCAAGCUGUGUUUCUUUGGUUUUAAAAUACAAAGGCUUGUUGGUGCUCUCCUCGAAUGUCAUAUUUAUUAAUCUUAGAAUAUAUAAUUAAUUCUGUGUUAGCAUCAGUAGAUUAAAUUAACUUUUUGAAAUGUACAAAAGAUUGGAAGGUGGGCAUUUACUAGCUUUUGGUUUUAAGAAUUUUAUAGUGCUUUUGAGUUUUGAAGUUUAUAUGUGAAGUUCAGCUGUGUGUUGUGAAUGUCAUAAAGUGCUUGGCACACAUCUGCCACAUUUCUUUUCAGUUCAUAAUUGGAAGACUUGUAAUAAAUUUAUAGGGUCUGAUUAAAAAUUCAGUUACUGAUGAAAUUAAGGAAGAGUCAGAAGAAAAUUCCUUAUAAAGGACUGUAAGGGCUAGAACUGGAACUUAUAAUACAGAUACAUCGGUGGGGUGAUUUUGGACUUUUGGGUUCCUGCCCUCUUGUGACAUAUAUCUGCCCGAAUUCUUAGAUCUAAGAGGCCAUGCUUUGAAAUAGACUUAAAAUAAUGGUCAUCACUUCAUUUUGUAUUUGUAUAGAACAUGAUGAGUGAGGUUAAUAAAGUGAAAUGUUUUCUACCUUAUGUUUUUAUUACUGAAAACUGAUUUCACAUAGUGAGUGACCACUAAUGUUAAAUAUUUAAUUCUUAACAUUCUAAAAACAAAAGUGUUUUUAUGGAGCUGAGAAAAUAAAACUCUUCUUUAUCUAGAAGCUAAAAAUAUGUAUUUUCAGAAUUGAGUUUCCCUUACAGCUUUCAUGGUACAAUUUCAUUAGCAGUGUUGCUUUACUUUACUUUCUGAUAAUAAUUGUGAUGCUGCUUUAUUUUAAUGAUUUAUAUAUUAUAAUCAAAUCAGUUUUAUAGAGGUCUAACUGAUGCAAAGGAGAAAAGUAAGCAUUUUGUUUUUUUAGUUUGAGUUGUGGUUUCUUGCUUGAAAGAAAGAAUUUCUGACUUUGAGUAAUAGUCAUAGAGUCAGUAUAAUAUAAAAAAUAACAAGUGUACAAAGACAGCCUGAUAUGGAUUAUAAUGAAACAAGAAAUCUAGAUAUUUUAGGAUUUAGAAUAGAAUAGAUAUGUGCUGAGAUUUUUUGAAUUACCAAUAGCCCCAUAUAAAUUUACCAUAAAUUGUUCAAAGUUUUAAAGAACUUUAUUCAAGUAUUUACUGAAUUACUGUGCCAGGGCAAAGGAAUAGAAAAUAGCAAAUUGCUCUAGAGCUGUGGCCGCUGGCUUCUUUAGGCACACGCCUUAGGGGUUUUCCAUAUAACCACCUUACCAGAGAAUUCAGGUUCAUGCUGUGGCACAACUAAUUUUCUUUCCCUAGCUUCCAGAGUUGCUCAUCAGUGGCUAAACCUUUAAUUGGGAUGUCUGAGAAUGGCAAAGGAACCUUGUCCUCUUUUGUUUCUACAUCAAGCUGCUAAUUCUUUGCCUAUUUUCUUUUUGCCAAAUUUCCCAAAUACCAGCAAGGUCAUUUUGUACUUCUUUUUUAGACUUUCAAUGUUAGCUCUUAAUACCCUUUUGGCUUAACCAAUUAUUUUAUCGAGUGAAGCUUUUUAAAUUUAUUGAGGGAUAAUUGACAAAUACAGUUAUAUAUAUUUAAAGUGUAAAUGUGAUGAUUUCAUAUAUAUCUACCUUGUGGAUUGAUGACAAAGCUCAAGAUAAUUAAUAUACCCAUUACCUCACAUAGUUAACUGUUUUUGGUGGUGAGAAUGUCUGAGAUUUUAUCUCAACAUCCUCAAGUAUACAGUACUAUAUUAUUAAUGUAUAGUCACCAUGCUUUGUAUUCUUUAUAUUAGAUUCUCAGAACUAAUUCUUACAGCUGAAAAUUUCUACCCUUUGACCUACAUCACCCUAUUUCCACCAUCAGACCUUGGCAGCCAGCAUUCUAUUUUCUGUUUCUUUUAAAAUGGCUCUUUUGUGUGUAUUUAGAUUCUACAUGUAAGUGAUACCAUAUUGUAUUUGUCUUUCUCCAUCUGGCUUACUCCAUUUAACACUCUAGGCUUAUCCAACAUUGCUGUGAAUACGAGGAUUUCUUUUAUAUGGCUGAGUAAUAUUCCAUUGUGUGUAUAUAUAUAUAUAUAUAUAUACACACUAUUUUUAUUUCAAUAUUUUUUAUUCUCUUCUUUUCACAGAAGUGUGUUUAAUUCCAGUAUAUUUGUGAACUUUCCAUCUUCCGUAACUGAUUUCUGGUUUCUUACCAUAGCAGUCAGAAGAGAUACUUGAUCUUUUCUUAAUCUUAAAUUUGUUAAGACUUAUUUUGUCACCUAAUGUGAUCUAUUCUGAGGAAUGUUCACCGUGUGCUUAAGAAGAAUGUAUAUUCUGCUGCUGUUGAAUGGAAUGUUUGUAUAUACUUGUUGGGUUCCAUUUGGUCUAAAAUGUCAUUCAAGCUUAUUCCUUUAUUGAUUUUCUAAAUGAUUUGUUAUUGAAAGUGGAGUGUAUGAAGUUACCUACAGUUAUUGCAUUACUGUCUUUUGUCUUCAGUUCUGUUAAUAAUUGUUUAAUAUUCUUAGGUGCUCCAAUAUUGGGAAUGUAUAUAUUUAUAAUUGUUAUAUCCUCUUGAUAAAUUGAUUCCUUUAUCAUUAUAUAAUGACCUUCUUUGUCUCUUAUUACUGCUAUUGAGUCAGUUGUUUUGUGUGAUAGAAGUAUAGCUAUCACUGCUCUCUGAUGUCUUGUUUUGCGCAUGGACUGUGUUUUUUUCAUCCCUCCACAUUCAGCCUGUGAGUGUCUGUAAAGCUUGGGGAAUUGAAGCUCUUUUAGGCAGCAUACAUAGUUAUGUAUCACUUAUAUUCUGAGAAUUGUUAGUUGAUUUCAUUAUUGUGUGACUGUCAGAGUGUAAUUACCCCAACCUAGAUGGUAAGCCUACCAGGGCUGUAUGGCAUAGUCUCUUUGGACCACUGUCAUGUAUGUGACACAUCAUUGAAAUGUUGAGCGACACUUGACUUUUAUUUGGUCUUGUUUGUUUUUUCCUCCAACCACUCUUAUGUAUUUUAAUUGGAGAAUUUAAACCAGUUACAUUUAGAAUAAUUGUUGCUAGGAAAGGACUUCCUGUCUCCAUUUUGUUAAUUGUUUUCUGACUGUUUUGUAGUUCCUUUGUUCUUUCUGUCUUUGUGAGUUGAUGAUUUUUUGUAGAGGUAUGCUUUGAUUCUUUUUUAUCAUUUGUGUAACUGCUUUAGGUCUUUGCUUUGUGGUUACCAUGAGGCUUUCAUAUUCAUUUUAUAUUUUAACAGUCUGUUUUAAGCAAGUUGAUAACAAAUUCAAUUCCAUUAAAGAUCUACACACUUACUUGUGUGCCUCAGACUUUAUUAUCGACAUCCCAAUUUACAUCUUUUUACAUUACAUAUCUGUUAAUGAAAUACUGUAGCUGCGUUUAUUUUUAACAUUUUAGUCUUUUAACCUAUAUGCUAGAGUUCAAAGUGAUUUACAUACCAUCAUUGCAUUAUUAAGAGUAUUUUGAAUUUGAAUAUCUUUACCAGUGAAUUUUAUACUUUUAAUACAUUUUCAUCUUACUAAUGAACAUCUUGUCAUUUCAGCUUGAAGAACUCCCUUUAGCAUUUCCUGUAAAGCAGAACUAGUGGUGAUAAAUUUUCUCACUUUUUUUUUUGGUCUGGAAAAGUCCAUUUCUGAAAGUCAUUUUUGCUGGGUACAGUUAACAGGGUUUUUUCGGGGUUUUUUUUUUUUUGGUUUUUUUGAGCACUUCAGAUAUACAGUCAUGUAUCGCCUAACAAGAGGAAUACAUUCUGAGAAAUUUGUCAGAUGAUUUUGUUGUGCUAAUGUCAGGGUGUAAUGAUGCUCCCUAGGUGCUACAGCCUACUGCGCACCCAGGCUGUAGGAUAGUGCCUAUUUGGACUACCUUUGUAUACAUGGUCUGUCAUUGACGGUAGUAUCUUUAAGGGAUGUAUGACUGUAGUCCCAUUCUAUCCUAGUCUGCAAGAUUUCUGCUAAAAAAACCUGCAUAUGGCCUAGUCAGGAUUCCCUUGUAUGUGAUUGGUCUUUUUUUCUCUUGCUGCUUUGACAAUUACCUCUUUCUUUGAUUUUUGAGAUUUUGAUUAUAAUAUAUCUUGAUGAAGAUCUAUUUUUAUUCUGUCUUUGAACUUCGUGUACCUGGAUAACCAUUUCUCUCCCUAGAAUUGGGAAGUUUCCAGCCAUUAUUUUCUUAAAUAAGUUUUCUGUUGGUUGCUUUCUUCUCCUGGAAUUCCCCUAAUGUGGAUGCCGUUGCACUGGAUGGUAGCCCAUGAUUCAUGGAUGCUUUCUUCACUGUUUCAUUCUAAUUUUUUUUUUUUUUUCCCCUCUGGAGAGUAUCAAGAGAUCUGUCUUCAAGUUCACAAAUUCUUCUGCCUAAUUGAGUCUGCUAUUGAAACUGUUGCAUUUUCCUUUUAAUCACUGUCUUCUUCAGCGUUUCUGUUUGGUUCUUUUUUGUGAUUCCUGUCUGUCGAACUUCUUAUUUCGUUUGUGCAUUGUUUUCUUGAGCUCCCUGAGUUUGCAUCUUUUUGAAUCUCCCUGAAUUUCCUUAAAAUGAUUAUUUUGAAUCCUUUUCAGGAAACUCACAGACCUUCAUUUCUUUGGGGUAACUGGGAUGUUAUGUUCCUUUGGUGGUGUCAUGUUUGUUUUUUUGCACGUUUCUGAUGGCUUGCAUUGAUAUCUCCAUGUCUGAGAGAGCAGUUACCACUUCCAGCCUUUGGUCUUGGCUUCAGUGGGAAAGAAUUUCACUUGAAACUGACUGUGAGAACACCGACUGGGUGGGAUGCAACAUCUUUGCUAACCAAGCGGAUACAGGGGAUCAUCAAUGGCUAAGACUAUUGUGGUCCUGUGGGUCACAGUGGUGGCUGGGGCGCUUGGGGUCAUCAGAGACAAAGGCUGCCCUGGUCUUCCUGUUCACCUUUUUUUGCCCAUGGGGGGAAGUUCUGGCUGAGGGCAUUACUCCUGGUUGUUGGUCUGGCAUGCUGACACUCAGAAGUGGGAUCCUGGAUCAGGUCUGUGUGGAACUAUCACAAUGCUUGCAUUCUUGGGCAUAUGUACUUGCAAAUCAGUAGCACUGGUGUCUAAGUUUAAGUGUGUAUAAAUAGCCUAUGGAACCAAGGCUUAGGUUUCUGCAGCUAGCCACAGUGACUCAGGCAGGGAGAGAUGUAGCAGAAGAUGCAACAAGCCCUGGGAUGGUAGGAUGCAGUAGUCACAUGGGGCCAAAGAACAGAGUGCAGUAGCAGCACUACCUGGGGAUGGUGUGUGACCCCAACUCUGGCCCCAGAUGACUGUAUUAGAAUAAUAGCACAUUCCUGGUCAUAGCCUGUUAAAACUAUGUGUUGGGGACUCUAGAGGUAUGUAGCAAAACAGCCACAGCUUGACCCUGCUAUGAUAAGUCAGAGCCAUGCCUGGAACCCAGGGGUGAGGCUCAGAACAGUGGCGGAACAGCCCUAGUAAUAGAAGUCAAAGCAUAACUUGGGACUCGGAAUGACAGAACUCGGAAAGGAAGAUGACAGAUGCCACAGUAAUGGUGGGCAAACUUUUAGCCUAGCAUGGGUGGGGCUCAGCAGCGGCAGUUAUCGGGGCCUACAGCAUCUGGAUCUCAGAGAGCAGGCAAGGCAGUGCCUGGAAUCAGGUCUCACUGCAGUGACAGCUCCAGCCUGAGUUGGAGACAGAACAGAGGGGACUCUGGGCAACUCUACCAGUGGUGGCAUGGGGGAAGAUUGUGGGGUCCUCAGUAGCAAAAGCUCCACAAGGUAAGACCUGCUGGGUUUCUGUUCUUUUCCCGAUGGGGUGAAAUUCUUAUGAGGGGAUCCUUCUAAAACUUAGCUACUCUUGACUGGGAAAUGAGAUGACAGGCAAAGUGCUUGCUCUGCUUUUCUUACGUGGCCAUCCUCAAUUUUUGAGCUCUGUAGCGUUUUCCUACUUCCCUGUAAACUAGAACUCUUUCAGAGUUAGAGAAACAGAGCCCCCCCCCUUUUUUUUUGAUUUGUAGUUACUUACUGUUUUUCUUGGGCAGGGGAGGAGACUGGCAUUGGGACCUCUUAGCCCUUCAUCCUGCUGAUGGCACUCCCCUAAUGCAUUUGUAGUAGCUCCAACUUUCCCUUCAGUUUAUUAUUCCUUUUGUCAAACCAACUUUUAAUUUUCUCAGACCAGUGCCUGCUCAUUAUACCUUUUCAAUAAGAUAAUGUUAAACACUAGAGUACUGAUUUUUACUUUUUUGGUGUGUUCUGUUAUCUUUAGGGUAUUAAUACUACAAAUUUUUAUUUUUUUUUUAAAGAUUUAUUUAUGCAUACAAGAACUGGACUACAGGCCAGAGGUGUGGGGGGUGAGAGGAUUCACCAGAGACAGAGUGGGGAACAGAACUGGCAGAUUGACUGAAGUAUACUGCUGAGGGGAACAGCGGGCGAGACAGGAAAGGUGUGCUGUGCCGUAUGGGUAACUCCCUGGGCAGCUGGGGAUCGAACUCAUGUUGCAGAGGCUGCGGACAGCUUCAUAGCUUGCAUCUUAACCCUUUGUGCUACCAGGGAGACCCCUACAAAUUUUUAUAAGGAAAAUGCUUAAAGAGAAAUGCCAUUCACUCAAUAUUCUUGGAAACCAAUAAUAGUAAUAUUUUCCUUACCAGUUUUUUAUUAAUAUUGUGUAAUAUGUACUGCAUGCCAUAACAAUAAUAUUUAUUAAUAAUUUAUUUUCAAACAACUUUUUUUCUUAAUUGUUACCUAUUUAAUAUCUUUGCUUUCUGUUUUUCACUUGUUAUGACCUAUUGAGAUGACUAGGAUUCUGUUGUAAUAUUUCAAAUCCACGAUCUUUAGAAACAACUAAGAUAUGUACCAAGCACUGUAUUUUGUCCAUGUUUUAUUUGUUUUGUAUUCUUGUGGAUAAAAUACUUCAGAACAUUUACUGUGAAAAAAUUUUACUAAAGUGUCUUUUUUUCCUCCCCUAAAAUAGACCUGUUUAACUUAUCUUCUAGGAACAAGUUCUACCUGGAUUGAAAUGAAAAAUCACAGGAGUCCCUAGCAUGUUACUUAUUAAAAGGGAAAUGUCAUAUUUGAAGACUAGUUUAAAUGGUCAUUUUUUUUAACUAGGGCCAGUUGACUUGCUCUCUUUGGUAUGUCAUGAAUGAAAUGAUCAUGAAAAACAGAUAAUUUGGAGGUGAGGGAAAGAGCUGAAAGUGAAAUUCCUGAGAGAAGGAAACAGGUAGUUAACUUUGAGCAUCUUUGGCUGUAGGUAGAGUUGCCAAGGAAAGGAACUCUCUGUGUCUUUAGCCUGCCAGGAUACACUGUAAAAGCUCUAUAGGUUGUAUUUUGAAGGAAUACUUUCCGUCUCUGGAGAGCUAUCAACUCCUUGAGAGCAGGGCCUCUGACUGCUCCAUCUUUGAUUCCAACCACAUGUGAUUUCAAAAAUGUUUUGCACAUAGUUGAGUGUUAGUAAGUGAAUGACAGCAUUUUUUCUAAGAAGUUUCUUGUGCAUCCUGAAACAAUUCAAAUCUCCCUGCCUCCACAAAGCUUCCGAAGCCCAUAAACAUGUUAAU